AUGGAGAAAAAGAUCAAGUUUCGAACGCAUAAGGAAGGCGAGUGUUUUCAAGGCGAGCCGAAGCUGUUCGCCAAGGACAUGUGGUUUAACGGUUAUGGCAAGAUUGCUGUGGUACCGAGCGUUAACGUGGAAUACUCGGACGAAGGAACAAAGAAGCUCAGGGCUUUGAAAGGAUCCACAUCCAAGCAUGUUGCGGACGAAGGAGAUGAUAUCAAAAUCGAGUGGGAGGUUUCUCCGCCGGAGAAAGUGAAGUGUAUGCCAGACUAUCGACACCAAACGUUUGUUGCUUGGGACGAGGGACUGAGGCGUUAA